AUGACCACAAACGACGAGAAAACGACGGUACCGGAGACAGCGAUAUCUGCGUCUGUGCAAGCGAUCAACGACUCUGUAGACAAUCUCAAAUUGAGUGAUAAGCCUGAGUUAGAAGAUGGUGAGAUAAAGGAGGACGAUAUCAGCCCAGAGGAUAUGAAGACAGUAUUCGACGACGCUACUGGAUUUAACGUUAAACACCCGCUCUUCAACGCCUGGACUCUCUGGUUUGACAACCCAAAAAAGUCAGCAGGUGCACAAAACUGGUUAGACGACACGAAAGAAGUUAUCACUUUUGAUUCCGUAGAGGAGUUCUGGGGUCUCUACAACAAUAUAUUACCUCCUACACACCUCCCACAAAAAGCAAACUACUACCUCUUCAAACGUGGCAUCAGACCUGCUUGGGAAGAUGAAGCCAACGCCGACGGUGGAAAGUGGAGUGUUCAGUUCCCUAGGGAAAAGUGGAGAGACAGAAUCGAUAGGUUGUGGUUAGACACCAUGUUGUCUGCCAUUGGAGAGACGCUCGAAGGAGACUUAUCUGAAAACCCAAGUGACGAUCUUAUUACAGGUGUAAUUAUAUCCACCCGUCCAAACUUCUACAGACUGGCGAUUUGGACAAGACAAACUACGUCAGUCAACACAGAAUUGACAGAGGAAGAGAAGGACUUGUUUGAGAGAAUGGAGAAGCUCGGUAAGACUUGGAAGCACGACGUUCUAGGAUUCGGUGAGGGUGAAAAACUUGGCGGUGGAUUAGCAACGGAGGUUGAAUUCGUUGGACACAAAGAGGGUGAAAGGAAGCAUAGAGCUAGAGGUAAAAUUGUCGCCUGAUCGAUGCCACUACACACAUUUCAUCGCAUUUUUAUACUCUUCACAUUUUUAGACACACUCAGCUAAAAUUAUUAUCUCUUGUUUUCUAUUUAAUAUCGCUUUGGCUUGCUCA